CGAUCUCUUUCUCACCUGGAAGUCUAUGAAUGACUUUUCCGGAAUUGUCAGCGAAGAACCGGAUGCCUCAAGAAAGACCAGAAUUCUCAGAAGCAGACAAGUAUCGGUCAGAUCCUUCUCACGUGAUUCCAGCUGAUAUGGUCACUCUCGAUGAGAAUCUUACGUACGAGGAGGAGCCGGUAGAGAUCCCGGCUCCUGAUGAUGAGGACCCGACAGUCUACAAACCAAUUCUCUCAAAACCAACUGAAGAUCAGACUGUACUCACCACUGAAGCACAUGCUGACAUGGAAGCUGGAGCUGAAGAUUUCCAUGUUUUUCCGGAAACCUCACCUGCUACUGUUCUGCCUGAAGCUGUCCAGGAGAAUGUAGCUACUCCCCAGCAAGAACAGAUUCAAACAGCAUCUGAAGAAGAGUUUCUACAAUCCCUACAAUUUCAGGUAACAAAUUUUCACUUUCACAGCUCUUCAGCAACCACACCUCCGGAUGAGAUACCGGAAGCCUGGACAAAGAAGGUCCAAAGGUUGAUUGAAUCAGCCCUGAAGUCUCAACAUGCCUCUUUUAGGCAAGAGAUAAAGCAGAUGGAAACAAGGCACAACCAAAUGAUGGAAAAAUCUGAAGAAAAGUAUUCCUCAAAUCUCAACGAGAUAAGCAAAUCUGUAGACAAAACUCUAGAGAUUAUUUCUCUAUUGAGUAAGUCUGUGAGCAAUACAAUGAUGGCUUAUGCAUCUGACUGCCAUCUUCAAUUCAAAGAAGCCUCUGCAAUCAAGCAGCAUAUUGCCACAUUCACUAUCAACCUUCAGAAGCAGAUGUCACUCCUCCAGAUGGAUAUCAGAUCAGCCUUGGCAGUGUCAUCAGCAAACCAGGUUGUAACUCUAGAUUACCUAAAGGUUCUUGCUGACAAUCAAAAAGAAGCAUUCAGGCUCUUCAGACACUUUGGCACCUUCACUGGGAACCACAAGCUUGAAGUGAUUGUCCAACCCAGAAGUCCAUCUCAAAUUCCGAAGUUUCUGAUUGAAUUUAAACAAGGAGAACUCUCAUACACUCCAUCACACCUAAACAUGACAGAGCUGAUACUUGAAGUCCAGCAAAGCAAUCCGGAGAACUCAAUCCAGCAUCUGUCAAACACUGAGUUUGAUGGAACAGAAGCUGUAGGAACCAUUGCCUCCCACUUCACAAAUGAUGCCCAAACAGAAGAGAGAUAUAACAACCUCAAGCGCAUCCAGGAAGAGUGUGGAGUUAUGCAAGGCAUUGGUGAAGUUGCCGGAUCAUCCAAGCGCAAGAAGAAGUGAAGGCUCUUUUCAUCCAAACAGGGGGAAUUAUUGAAAACGUUAUUUAUGUUUUUAUGAAAACACCUUCUAGUUUAAACAUGAGUUUUUUGUUUAAACAUUGCUUAAUACAUCUCUUAAUUAUGCUUGAACAUAUUUCUUUUAAGUAUGAUUUUUUUGAGAUUUAUUAUUGAGCGCAUACAUUCAGGGGGAAUGUAAUUCAGGGGGAACUUAACUGUUUUUGGCUAAUAUUUGUCUUUUGGCAAUGAACUACUGAUAAACUCUAAGCAAUGGAAGAUGGAUACCUCAAUUUUUUACCAGAGUUGGAGAUCCCCGAUUCAGGUAGGCAAGAGGAACAUGGAGCCUGACCCGGAUGAUUGGGAACCCUAUUUAUUAUCUAUUUAAUGAUAACAACGUUUAUGUCUU